AUGCAGUCGUCCUCGAUUGAACUGUUUCAACCAGCAGAAAGCUUACCGCCAGCAAGUCAACCAACGGACGACGGGUACGUCCACACCAGCGAAGAUGGCGAGCCCUUUGCCGAAGACUUGGCGAAUCAUGUGGUGAUCUUUUCUGAAGUAACGACCAUCACGGAAGAAGUGUAG